GCUCAUAUUCUGUGUCUGAACACCUCACCCGGAUGUACGCUCCUACGUUCUACGGAAGUAAACAAAUCUCGGGUGACGUGGAGCAACUGAACUUGAUCAACUGGAUUCUAAUCUACUGGUUUGAAGCUACUCUGGUGAUCGCAAGCUUUCCUUAUCUUUAUUUUAGAAUAAGAUCUCGUGUCUUUGUGACUUGAUAGCGAGUGACGAACUGGUUUUCAGAAGUUAAACCGCAGUAAAGAUGGCGGAGGAAGAGGCCAGCAGGCCGUUCGCCGGACUCUCCGACGUCUCCAUCCCGGAGGAUAUCCCGGUGGAAGGAGACAUUUCCGUGCCGAUGGGGGCCAACAAGCGGGAUGACGAGUAUUCGACUCUGGACGAGCCGGUGAAGGAGACCAUCCUGCGGGACCUGCGGGCAGUCGGGAACAAGUUUAUCCACGUCCUUUACCCGAAGCGCAGCUCAGCUCUGCUUCGGGACUGGGAUCUGUGGGGGCCCUUGUUGCUGUGCGUCACUCUGGCUCUGCUGCUGCAGGGUGGCGCUGCGGACAGCGACGACCAAGGAGGACCGCAGUUUGCUGAGGUCUUUGUUGUCAUCUGGUUCGGCUCCAUUAUCAUCACCCUCAACUCCAAGCUUUUGGGUGGAACAAUCUCUUUCUUCCAGAGCCUGUGUGUUCUGGGAUACUGCAUCCUGCCUCUUACUGUGGCCAUGAUCGUGUGUCGGAUCGUCCUGGUUGGCGGAUCAGGAACAGUCAGCUUUGUCGUGCGCCUUCUGGUGGUGACAGCAUCCUUUGGCUGGUCCACUUUUGCCUCCACAGCAUUCCUCGCUGACAGCCAACCCUCCAACCGUAAAGCUCUGGUGGUGUACCCUGUGUUUCUCUUCUACUUUAUCAUCAGCUGGAUAAUCCUGACCUUCUCGCCCUCGCACUAGACCCCACAGAGAGACUAGAGUUUUUGAAUUGAACUGGGAGGAGUUUUUUAAGACCAACACCAGAAUCUGCCUUUGAAGAAAAAACUACUGAGGUGACUGUGAUUGAGUCUAAUCUUCACAGGACACAAAGAUAAUUUCACUCCAAGCCCAGAUUCCCAGAAAAGGGCUUGAUGUUGUUCUACAGGUGGAGCUGUGGGUAGUGGUAUGUUCUGAUUCUUCUGGGUUGUCUCUGAAAAGCUGUAGAAAUGAAUGUCAAAGGCUCCUGUAGGACUAUUUCUCUUCCUCCUGGUCACUGGGUGUUUAGUUUUACCUAUUUGGAUGAUAUUUUAUUUUGUAAUGGGUCAUGUAUGAGAAAGUAAGAGUUCAGUUUGGGGCUCAAAUCAAGGACUUUUCUAUCCAUAAAGUAAUAGUGUAUGAUUUCUGAAGUGUUGAAUAUGGAGCUAAGAAGCAGCCAGGGCUUUUGACAACAUUAAAAAAGAUGCAUAAUAAAGGGCUGAAGUGCCAAAAACAAAAUGUUGACAUUAACUGAUGGAUGCAGCAGAUGAACAGAGACUCCUGUGUCCUGUGAGGAAAAUGUACUCAUUUUCCUAGAGACCUUUACAAAGGACAGUAACUUCUUAGUCAUGGUCAUGUUCACGAUUUGGUGUAUAAUAAAGUCUUGGAUUAAGUUUUAAGGGGUCCAAUUGAGAUUGAAAUAAACAAAAGUAAUUCUAUUUUUUUCAAUUGGGUUUAGUUUAAAUGUGUGUUGAUUCACCCUAGAUGUGACCAGAGAUGUAAAUGUGAAUGUUUGUAUCUGUAUCCAGCCGGCUGAUAGACAAGCGAACCCUCCAAAGGCUCUCCCUCAACCCUGUACAGAAACAAGGAGUAGAAAAUGAAUGAAUAUUGAGUCAAUUUUUAAAAAGUACAAAUUCUGUCAAAAUAACACAUUUACACUUUUCUUUGUAAAAACAAGUCAUGGAGAAGAUUCUCUUCAAUAUAUCAAAAGAGUUUAUGUGAAAAUCAAAAGACAACGGGAACCUGUUUUCCUUGCUCUCUUUUUCUGUGGACGAGCAUUGUGGGAAAUGCCUAAACACGGAUAUCUGUUGGGGAAAAUGUUGCAGGUUUGCAGCAGUAUCAAAAUAAAUGUCAUAGGGUUAAGUUUCUGUGUCAUGGUUGUAGGAAAACUAAGGACUAACCUUUGUAAGUGUUGCUGUCUUUGGUUGUUUUGUUUUAAUUUAUAUGUACUUACAACAAUGUCUGGAGAAAUAGAUUAAAAUCUGUUAUGGUGAAUACACACACA